AUGGAACGAGUUGAUCCUGAAAAUUGUGAGAAAAAGGUCGAAGUCAUGCUAAGAUCAAUUCAUCCCAAUUUAAAUCCUCCUGAGCAAGAAGGCCCACAAUACAGUAUGUUUUACUUAGACAUGCUUACUUAUGUCGAAGAUUUCAACGUCAGAGUUAAAGCUAAAAUACUUGCUAGAAGCAAUUUUUUCAAAGAAAUAUUGAUAAAAGAUAAAAAUAUUUUACAAAGAAAUAAAGCGAUAGAAGUAAAGAUUAUCUAGAUAAAACUGACGUCAAGAAAAAACCAAGUAAGCAUUGAGUCUACUUUAACCUGCCUGGAUUAUUUAGACCAUCAGAACUUCAAUCUUUUCGACAUCCAGCCUAAAACGAUGCUUUCUUUAGUCGUUACAGCAAGCUUUAUUAAAGUUCAACAACUUGAAGAUCAGAUAGUUGAAUAUAUAUCAAAAUAUCUCAAUCCUUCCAAUCUUGUCGAAGUAAUAUCAAUUGCCUCUCAAAUAAAAAAUGAAAUUUUGCUUGAAAAAUGCUAUAUUUAUACUCGAAUUUUAUUACUUGCUAGAUUUGGAGAAAUGUCUCUGCCAAAAGCUUUCAAAGACGACAAAAAUUUAACAUAUGAGUCUCCUUUUUUAAUCUAUACCAAAGAUGGAAAGAAUCAAAAAGUAUCGCUUGAAAUUUUUUCUUAUAAAGCUCAGGAAAGUCUAAGCAAUAGGCAUGUUUUUCAUACUGUUCAAAAUAUGUACAAUCUGAUGAGGAUCGAAAGAACUCGCUCAGAAGAGGGCUUCACAGGUAGUGAUUAUCCACACACAUUUAGACUAGUUAGAGAACACGAUAAUGCAUUAAUGCUUUACGCUGACUCCCCCCCUUUAAACUGGAACAAAAUAUAGGUAAAAUUUCCACUUUUUAGGUAAAUUAACCCCCUUUAAAAAUUGGAACAAAAUUUAAUUUUAUAAUAAAAAAUUUUAUAUAUAAAAAUCAGGUAUAAAUAACAUCUUAUUUAAACAAAAUUAGCAUUUUGAUCGAUAAAUUUUCUAAAAUUGUUUUUUUUUAUCAAUAAAAAUAAUAAUUUUUGUGUAAAUAGUUUUAAUACCAAUUAAUAGUGGCGUAUUAACUAAUAAUGAAAAUUUAGUUAUAUCAUGCUUUGUUUUAAAGGAUAAAGAGUAAAUAGCAUUUUAUUAAACAAAUUUAUUAAUAUAGUUCGAUAAAUUUUUGAAAUUUUUAUAAAAAAAUUUCUUAAACCCCCUUUAAAUUGGAACAAAAUUUUUUGUUCCAAUUUAAAGGGGGGGAGCGAGCGAGAGGCAUAGCGACUCAGGAGAUAUCAUAAUCUGCAAAUCACCAUCUGAGCAAUUCAGCGACGAAUAUAUUGGAAUUAUGGUAAACAAUUUUUGAGGAAACGAUUUCACACUCUUUGACCAUGGAGUCAAAGAUAAAAUUGCCAAUAGAUUUCCUCAAGGAUUCAUCAAACUGCGAGAAGAAAAAUUAAAAGUCAAAUACGAAUCAAAUAUAUUGGGAGAUACACCAAGAAGUUUAGAAGUCAAACUAUGAGAUGAAGAAAACAAAGAAGAAGUGACACUAAAUAAUGUGCCUCCAAGAUGGAAUGAAAGAGCUGAAUGCUACACACUUAAUUUUUAUGGAAGAGUCUCAAGGGCUAGUGCUAAAAAUUUUCAGCUCGUUAUGCCAGACGACCCAGACACAAUUUAUUUUAUGUUUGGGAAAAUUUCCACAGAAAAUUUCCAUUUGGAUUAUCGAUCCCCUCUUUCGAUGUUCCAGGCUUUUGCAAUUGGCCUUGCUAGCUUGUCAAGAAAAAGAAUUGUAGCUUAA